CCUUUUCCUUGUGCAGUCCACUGGGCCGUCAGAUACCCUCCCACACAGAAUAUAGCCGCCAUCCGCCCAUGGCAACCAACGACACACACCCAGACUGUUCCAGGCAGACAACAAAAGUAAACAUUCCAAGCAGAAUCGCGUGUUGGCCUGCAUUCCUAGCAACCCCCGGGCUGGCAGCGCGUGUGACGCUGUCUUGGGCCUGGCUGGAGGAUAUGACGGAAGCCAUUGGCCGCGACGGCCCCCCGAAGAAUUCUCUCUGACCCAUAUUGGAUAUUGGAAGAUGAGAUUGCCCAACUAGGCAAUCUUCUGGAAGGGGCGUGGCGAGACGUGUGCAAUAUUUCUUCGUGCUCGCUACUCAGCUCUGCGUCCAUAGCGCCAUUCCGCCUGCUCGGACAAGGGGUGUCAGUCACUUGGCCUGCAUGAAUAGGGAGAAGGGGUUCUGAAUAGACCUCAGCUCAUCAUCAGGAACACCACGUCAGUGUACGAGACGUUAUUGGGGCAAUCUAGCGCUAGCUGAAUCCCCAGACAACAAAGGAAUUGCCCUUUGGCAAAUUUGACGACGCCCGACUAAACUGGCGUUCCGAUGCGGUUUGAGACAGGCUGAGCCACCAACAAGCCGUUGGAUAUUGCGAAGCCUCUGCCUUUUCGGUCAAACUGGGCAAAACGCCAGCUACCCGUAUAAAGACACGAGGUGUUCCCACCGUGGAUCAGGAUAGUAUGGCCGUCGAUCGACCGAGCCUCUUUCCUGCCGUCGAAGCAAGCAACCGCCACAACCACUCGCCAUGCGCAGCUUCAAGUCGGCCAGUCUUGCGGCUUCGUUGCUCGUCGGGGCCUGCAGCGCCUUUGUCGUUCCUGGAAACCCCUUGUGUUUCCCGGUCACGUUCAAUGUCGCCGCCUCUGCCGAGAACAAGGUCGUCGCCAACCCUCCGGAUCCCAACAACGAGGUUGCCAUCGUCCAGUGGAGCAUCGCGAGACUUCUGAGCGGAGACAUCCCCGAUGGCGGACCAGUGCAGACUGUCAGCGGCAACUUCACCGUGAGGGGCACCUUCUGCCCGUCGCUCUCGCUGCGGUCUCGCAAGGAGGACGUGCUCCAGGUCCUGGUCUCGGGAGCGACCUAUGGCCAAGAGAUCUGGAGGGGCUAUGGCGUCAAGGAGAACGACUUUGUCGCGUAUGCCAACAAGGCGGGCUAUCACGUCUUGAGCCUCGACAGGCUCGGUCAUGGUGCCGACCAGCAGCGCCCUGACCCACUAGACCAUGUGCAGGCGGCGCUCCAGACUGAGAUCAUCCAUCAGGUGAUCAAGUCCAUUCGCGAUAGCGUCCAUAGCAUCAGGAAGCUCCCCUGUCUCUUGAUUCCCGGCAUCAAGUUCAAGAGAGACUUCAAAAUCGCCUACGUCUGCCACUCUCUGGGUUGCUCCUUGGGCGUGACACUGGCUCGCCUGCACCCGGCCGAUGCGGACGCCUAUGUCAUGUCUGGGAUUGGAAUUGGCGCUACCAUCGAGUCCGCCCGGUCCUUCGUCGUCGGUUCGGCGCGCCGUCUGCACCCGGACCGUUUCCCGCAAAUACUGCCGCUAGGCUAUCUCACAUUCGAGACCGAGGCGGAGAGACGAGCCGCCUUCUACUACCCGGGUCACUACAACCCCGUCAUCCCGCCACGCGACUUUGCGAUGCAGGAUACCUGGACGCCGGGAGAGGCGAUAACCACGUCACCUCCUGCGGUUGGGUACACGGGCAAGGUCGUCUUCGUCAACGGCGACAAAGACCACUUUUCCUGCACCGCCGGCGACUGCGACACCAUCAACCAGCAGACGGCGGCGCUGCUCUUCCCCGACGCCGCGACUCGAGGGUCCAUCGUGGUCACGAACUCGGGGCAUGAUUGGUCGCUGCAUCACUCGGCACCAACUGCCUUUUGCCAGAUCCAGCAGUUCCUGGACAGUUCGCUUCGGACCUAGGUGGCAGAGGCUGAGUUUCAGGGG